AUGUGUCGUGACCGUACAUGCGUAAAUGUAUCGUACCGUCCGUCAGCACGGGAACAGUUAAAUAACCUCAGCCUCGAUACGCAGCAUGAGCGACAACAGCUUCAGCGUGAGCGACAACAGCUUCAACAAGAGCGACAACAGCUCCAGCUGCAAAAGGAACAGCAGCAACAGCUGCAACAGGAACAGCAGCAACAGCUGCAACAACAACGUCAGCAGCUACGGCAAGAACUACAACAACAACAGCAAGAACAGCAGAAGCUGCAGGAACAGAAACGGCAGCAAGAACAGCAACAACAGCAAGAACAGCAGAAGCUACAGGAGCAGAAACAGCAGCAAGAGCAGCAAGAACAGCAACAACAGCAAGAACAGCAGAAGCUGCAGGAGCAGAAACAGCAGCAACAACAGCAACAACAGCAAGAAAAGCAGAAGCUGCAGGAGCAGAAACAGCAGCAAGAACAGCAACAACAGCAAGAAAAGCAGAAGCUGCAGGAGCAGAAACGGCAGCAUGAACAGCAACAACAGCAAGAACAGCAGAAGCUGCAGGAACAGAAACGGCAGCAAGAACAACAACAACAGCAAGAAAAGCAGAAGCUGCAGGAGCAGAAACGGCAGCAUGAACAACAACAACAGGAAGAACAGCAGAAGCUGCAGGAGCAGAAACGGCAGCAUGAACAGCAACAACAGCAAGAACAGCAGAAGCUGCAGGAACAGAAACGGCAGCAAGAACAGCAACAAGAGCAAGAAAAGCAGAAGCUGCAGGAGCAGAAACAGCAGCAACAACGGCAACAACAAGUGUUACAGCGACAGCUACAUCAGCAACGGCAACAACAGCAGUUACUGCAACAACAACAACAGGAGCUGCAACAACAACAACAGAGGCUGCAACAACAACAACAGGAGCUGCAACAACAACGACUCCAGCACCUCCAGCACAGCAACGGGAUCUCCAGCAGCUUCAGAGCUUCAGCAACA